ACUAUUGGAAGCAGAUGCUGCCAGCAGUUGACAUGGUCGCUGAAGUAUGUGUGUUAUAUGUACACUGACAUUACGUGCUUUAGCGUACAGUGCUGGAUACAUUCAUAUCGUGCAGGAUUUGGUAUCGGUUAAUUGGACCCGGAAACUGACAGCAUGGCACCCAGAAUAGGAGACCUGACUGAUGAGGAGAAGGAGCUUAUCAAUGUGAUCUCAAAGGGGAAUGUUCAGGACGUAAGAAGAUUUUUAGGUAGCAAGGAUGUCCGUGUCAACUGCUUGGAUGAGCAUGGAAUGACUCCUCUAAUGCAUGCUGCCUACAAAGGAAAAGUGGAUAUGUGUGAAUUGCUAUUGCAACAUGGAGCAGAUGUAAAUUGCAAUGAGCAUGUGCAGGGCUACACGGCACUCAUGUUUGCUGGUCUUUCAGGUAACAAAGAAAUUACUUGGUUGCUGUUAGAAGCAGGAGCUGAUACAGAUGUGGUUAACUCCGUGGGAAGAACAGCAGCACAAAUGGCUGCCUUUGUAGGUCAGCAUGAUUGUGUAACUGUAAUUAACAAUUUUUUCGCCCGGGAAAGAUUGGAUUAUUAUACAAAACCUCAAGGACUAAGUAAGGAACCAAAAUUGCCAGCAAAAUUAGCUGGUCCACUGCAUAAAAUUAUUACAACAACAAACAUGCAUCCUUUGAAGAUUGUCUUUCUUAUAAAGGAGAAUCCACUCUUAAUGGAGGCAGAAGCUGUUAAAAAAUGUUACAUGGUGUUAGAUUUAAUCUGUGAGAAAUGCAUGAAGCAAAAAGAUAUGAAUGAAGUUCUGGCAAUGAAAAUGCACUACAUCAGUUGCAUUUUUCAAAAAUGCAGUGAACACUUACAGGAUCAAGAAGAUAAACUUGAUUCAUUAAUUAAAAGUUUGUUAAAAGGGAGAGAUACAGACGGCUUUCCUGUUUUUCAAGAAAAGUUUAUCCGAGGUUGUAUCAAGAAGUUUCCCUACUGUGAAGCGACUCUUCUUCAGCAACUUGUAAGGAGCAUUGCUCCUGUUGAAAUUGGAUCUGAUCCAACAGCUUUCUCUGUGCUGACCCAGGCAAUAACUGGUCAGGUGGGAUUUGUUGAUGCUGAAUUUUGUACAACGUGUGGAGAAAAGGGGGCAAGUAAAAGAUGUUCUGUGUGCAAAUUGGUCAUCUAUUGUGAUCAAAACUGCCAGAAGAUCCACUGGUUCACACACAAGAAAGUCUGUAAACUGCUAAAAGAGACAAGAGAGAAACAAGAGAUGGAAGCUGAAAAAGAGAGAAAGAAGCUGGAAAAGCAAAGUAAGAAAGAGAAGGAAAACACGGAAUGCUCUGCAGUAACUGAAGGUUCUUUGAACUGUGAAGAGGAAACAUCUAAAGAGACAGAAUCGCAUUCCCCAUCAACUGCGAUUAAGGAAGAUGAAGUUAUCAAGGAUCCUUCUUGCUCCUCUCUCUCAGACGGCCCUUCUACUGAAAUCAAGUCGCCUGUUGAAACCGAAGAGUGAUUAACCGCUGCAGAUUACCCUAGAAAGUAUUAAACGCUAGGAUCUCUGUUUAGAGGGUGCACAUUACCUAUUUGUUUAGUUUUACAAAGUCUGUCCACUGUCAAACAUUUUGUCUUGUGCAAGGUAUGGAUGUGUGUACAUUUGUACGCUAUACAAUAAACAGAAUAUUUGGAUUUAAAUACAAUAAAUAGUGAAUAUGUAAAAUCUGUAAUAGCUUUUAAAUUAAAUUCCCUUCUACUUUAGUACAAAGAAAGUUUUCUGUAUUUUGUGGCUUAAAACAUAAAGAAAUAAACAGAGCUGUGGUGUAAAGGAAAUAGGUAGUGAGGCUUCAACUUUACUUGAAAUAUAUUUUUGUACACAUUCUAUAUAAUUGCAUGGGCUCAUUUCAAAACCUAUUGAUAUUUAUGCUAAAAUUAUACCGUUGCAAAAUGUACCAUUUUUUUCAUAAAAAUAAAUUUUAUGAAGUGACAAA